CUUCCAUAGAACCAAGCCCGGUAUCUACAUCACAGAAGACAUGACUUUCGGUCCAUCCCCAGCCAGAGUCCUCCCACCUUUACCUGCUGGAGACUGGAACGACGGAUUAGCGGCUCUGCAAGCAAAUACUGGACAGCCGUACUUCGCGCGCGUGAGUCGGAUCGCGUUUCCUGCUGUCAAGAACACAUAGCACAGGAUUUUUAUUGAGUACACGGACCUAAAAAUAGGCGGGAAGCUAUGAACAGGCGUGUAUGAAGCUACUCAUCUGACAUUUGACACUGUCGUAGCUGCCAAAUUCGCACGCUUUGACUGGGAGAUCCAGUGCCUGUAAAAGGAGACGACAGCAUAUCAAUGGAUCGAGGGU